GGCCUCGCCCCCUCCCCUGUGUAGGCUGUUUCCCCUGCUCCGUUCGCCUCCCCCCUGCUUUUUUCCUGCUAUUUCGCUUAUCUACGAGCAAGCAGCCAAGAUGGAAAUUGCAAACCAGUUAGUUGCCAACGGGCAAUUCAGAGUGCUGAAAGUGCCGCUAGGCUUCAUUAAAGCCCUGGAAUGGGUGUUUGCUAUCUUUGCGUUUUCCACCUGCGGGAGCUACUCGGGUCUGUUCCGCAUGAGCGUGGAGUGCAGAAACAGAUCGGAGAGUAACCUGAAAAUAGACGUGGAGUUUGAAUAUCCAUUCAGGCUCCACCAAGUUUAUUUUGACGCUCCUUCCUGCAAGGGGGACCAAACUGACCGUUUCUUCCUGGUGGGCGACUACUCUUCCUCUGCCCAGUUCUUCGUCACCAUCGCCGUCUUCGCCUUCCUGUACUCUACAGCAGCUCUUAGCAUCUACGUCUUUGCCUUUGAGAAAUACCGCGAGAACAACAAGGCCCCACUAAUCGAUUUUGGUGUGACAUGCAUGUUCACCUUCAUGUGGCUGGUGAGCUCGGCGGCAUGGGCAAAAGGUCUGUCGGACGUGAAGACAGCCACGGACCCCGACAAGGUGCUGGAGCUCGUCACGGCCUGCGAGGAAGAAAGCAACCGCUGUCGCGAAGUUCGUGAACCUGUCAUGUCCGGCCUUAACACCUCUGUGGCCUUUGGCUUCUUGAAUCUGAUCUUGUGGUUAGGAAAUGUGUGGUUCGUCUUCAAGGAGACCGGCAUCAGCGCCCCUUUCAUGCGUCAACCACCCGCCCAGGAGAAGCAGCCGGCCCCCGACUCCUACGGCCAGCAGGGCUACGGCCAGCAGGACCCCUACGCCAGCUCCCAGGGGGGCUACCAACCCGAAUACAGUCAGCAGGGCUACAACCAGGGUGGAGAAUACGGACAGGGCGGCUACAACCAGCAGGGGGCUCCCACCUCUUUCUCCAACCAGAUGUGAGGCUGGGGGAGUGGAGGAGGCGGAUGGAGGCCGAAAGAGGGUGAUCGUGUGAUUAAUGGAGUGUGGUGCCUGAACCCUUCCCAUACACCCACACUCUUCCCUGUCUGUCUGUUUGUGCAUAUGUCUGUGGACGAAAAGAUGGGGGGAGGGAUAGGGGAGGGGGGCAAUAAUAAUAAUAAUAAUAAUAAACGAAUAAACGAAGAGAGACGUAGGGCGUAGGGAGAACGUAAGGGAAAUUCAAUGUGCUGUUCAUUAUUGUGAUGUAUAAAACAAAAAAAAACCUAAAAAAAAAAUAAUAAAAAGUUAGAUAUGAUCAGAUGAAUACAUAAUAAUACACACCAAAAUAUGUCAAAGGCAAAAAAACAAGCUGCAAUGCUGUAAUGGUUGCUAUAGAAAUUUGAAUUUGAUGAUGUUGACAACAGUAAUGCUAAACAUGAGAGAAUGUAUUUGUCUGUGCUGUAUAAAUAUCAAUAUGAACAAAUAUAUAUAUACAAAUAUUUCCUAAAGAUAUGUUAUGGGAUUAUUCCACUGUAAUCUGUAGAGUUAUGUUUCGAGAGGUUCACUGAUGAUGAUUCUGAGUUCUGAUUGGACGACAAUCAUCACUGAACCCCCAAUGGAAGUGGUUCCUUGAGAAUUUCUACCUAUAUAGUGGUUUGUUAUGAAUUAUUAUAAAUAUUGUGGCGUCGCUAGGUUGGGGCGGAGCUACGAGACUAGGCCAUAGUCCUGUUUAGAUUUAAAUUUAUUUUAAACUUUAUUAUAAUAUAAUGGCAACCAACCAACCAAUGAACAGAGAAGGGUGGCCGCUGAGCAUGCUGGGAGCUCCCCCUUCGAGCCAACCUCCCGCCCCCUUAUACUCUGCGCCGCCACAAUAUUCACUAUAUUGAAGUUGUAUUAGAGUUUUAUAUAUACGUUCAUUAUAUCCGUUUUAUAGCAUUUUAUUUAUUUCUGUUUUUUAUUGUUUCGUUUUCUGUUUUUUUAUUCUUUUCAUGGGUGGGAUAGAGCAUUGAUCUGAAUCUGAGUUUGAGCUUAGAGAGUGGGUCCGCUGGGUUCUGCUGUCAGCAAUAGACUUAAAUACAUGACCAAACUCAAGGUGGGACCAGAGACAUUCCGCUGACCAGCACAGCCUUCGUUACUUUACAGCACUAUAGAGUAUUAUUUUGUUAUUUGCUUUUUUUUUUUUCAUUUAUAUUCGGACCAAAUUAGAUUUAUUUUUUUUUUCGUGUGGGAAGGGCGUCUCUGAUACGUUAUAUCAUGGUUUGCGUAGCUCCUGAUAACUAUGCUUCCUCUGCUAUGCCGCUCGAGUGUGUUAGUGCCGUUUUCAUGCAAGUGGAUGACUAAAACUCAACUUCUGUUCGUGUAGUGUGGGCACCAGACAGGAAACCAUGCCUGUGUGUUGAGUGGUUGGUAGCCUAGAUAGAUGUGCCAGUUUCAAUUUCAUCAGUAUUUUAUCCUCCUCCUCCUCUUCUUCUUCCACCCCUUCUCUACUUCUCUUUCACCUUCUUUCUCUCUCUCUAUAUAUAUAUUUCUCUCAAUCUCUCACACAAAUACCGAUACGCAUCUCUUUGUAACUUACUUUUUUGUCAACCACAAAAAUACAAAAAUAGUUAAAGCACAAAUUGAUUUUUCUUAGUUCAAACCUAGUUAUAUUGAAAUAUAUUUUCAGAUAUAUAUGUGUGUGUAUAUAUAUUGUAUUUAUAUGCCAUGCAAAAUUUGCAAUCUUCUACGUUGUUGUACUGCUGAUCUAUGGAAAGAUACCACCUCCAUAUUAUAUGCAUCAACUGGAGCGCUCAAAAUGCUAACUAACAAAGUGGUGCAAAUAUUUAUGUAUGUCUAUACACUCCUGAAAAUAAAGGUGAUAUUAAGAGUUUUGUGAGCAGAAGAACAAUAACUUCCAAAAAGUUCAAUUUUAAAAUGACCAGUGAGUAUGAAGAAGCUUUAACCCUUUUAUAUUUCAAUUAAUGCUGAAUCUAUUGUGAAUUAUCCUACAAGGUUCUAGUUUUAGUCCUGUUAAAAUGUUAAUGAUGACAGUAAUCAGUAGUUAUAAGAUUGAAGAAACGGAAGUAGUGUGGGUCUACAGUAAAUACAGGGUCUAAUGUGUUAAAUUGUUUAAAAAUCCUUAACAUUGCCUUCCAUAAUGGUGCUUUCACUUCUGCCUUGUUUGGUCUGGUAUAAAAAGGUGCAGCGCACCAUAGUCCAGAUCAUAGGAGCAAAAUCUGUUCCAACCAAAAGAGGUGGUCCUUGUUUGAUUCGCUUUCAGUCUGAAAACUUUUGAGUUUUAUUUUCUGGAUGGUUCAGGCUCUCGGCGUGUGAACGGGAACCUUGUUUUGGACUUUCAGAAAGUUCUUCACACAUAUAUAUCAAAAAAUUCUUCUGCAGCAUCGCUCUUAAAACCCUUUAUAGCACCUUUAUUUUCAAGAAUGCAGUUUAAUCACAUGAACAAACCAGGCAGUCAAUAAGAGACAGUUAUUUCUGCUUGAGAAGAUGUGAGCAGAUGUCAGUCAUAGCUGGUGUUACAUAAUGAGGGUGUACAUUUUCCUGCUAGUGGGUUACAGUGGACCAUGCAUGCUUCUACCAGCAUUGCCUGUUCAAAUUUAUGAUGGCUGUAAACUUUGAUACAUUUUCCACAGAGAACAGAAAACCUGUCAACUUAAAGAAGCAGUCCUUAUAUUGUCCAGCAGUCCAUAUUUUUGAAAGCGGUAGUAUUCCUAAAUGAGCAGAGGACAAAAUAUUUCUAACAAUUGGCAUCUCUGCAAAGGAAAUUUAAAACAGUUAUAUUUAUAUUUAUGGCCUUGUAUUGGUGCUGAUAAAGGAGCUAUUGCAAAUGUGGAGAGAAAUCACAACAGCAAAGUCAUCUGCUCAUAUUCAUCUGCUCAUUCCUGCAUUAUUAAACCAAAUAAAUGCAAAUUUCUAACUGAAAAGAGCUGGCAAGCUAAAAAAGAGCACAACAGAGACAUUGCUAAAAUCACCAGAUCGAUCCACUCUAAAAGGAAACCAAACAACACACCUUUUAAAAAAUUACUUUUCCACACGUUUGGUGCAAUUACACAUUCUCACCAGAGAGGCCUCUAAACCCUUAAAACUUAUGGACUGUCUUUAAAACUCAAUUUAAAAAGAGUUUCUGCAGAUAUGGACUCAAUUUCUAUUGCAAGAGCAUUUGAAAUCAGCAGGGUUUCUGUUCUAUUCAAAAUGACACAGCAGGAUGUUAAUGCUACAGUACUCUAACUGUAACUUUUACUAACUGAGGUUUGCUUGUACAGGAGAUAGUAUGAGCACGUAUAGUCAACACAUUACAGUAUGUUAAUAUUAUGAAUCACUGGAACACAGAGAUUAGAUGUACAGAUCAGUAGUAAUCCACUCAUCAGAAAGAUUAUAUGCUUAUAUGCUACAUCAAAGGCUGAGGACAACACAUCCUCUAAUGUAUACUAUUGUAGCUUGAGUAUGUCUCAACCAGUGCAUUUAUGUUUACUUAUAUGUGGCUUUAAUUUACCCUAGUAGCUAGGCCUGUCACAAUAAUACAUUUUUUUGGACAAUGUAUUUUUCCAAAAAUAAUUGUGAUAAAUUAUAGUAUAAUAAUUUUAAGAUGAGAUGUAACAUAAUGCAGUUACUCCCAUAUUUAAAAAGGAAUAUAAACUUUAUAUAAAUUGUCCUACAUUUAAAACAAAUAUAGCUAAAAGAAAAUUUUAAACUUCGUCAAGUUGAAAUUAGAGCUGGACGAUAUAGUAAAAACAUUGUAUUGCACUAUUUACAAACCUUUUCAUGAUACAUUAAAUUUAGUGCAAUGUUUCGACACAAAAAAGAUGCCUCAGUAGCAGCAGAUUUUUAAAAACUGCUAUUCAUAUUCUUAAUGUUCUCUUUAAAGCGUAAUUGCUUAUAAUGAAGUAAGCUAAAUGUAUUUAAAGUUCUUUCCAUAUAUUGUACAAUAAGCCAAUAAGUAAUGUAAAUUAUUGUGACAGGCCUAGUAGUAGCCAUUGCUAUACAUCGGAUGAUGAGCCUCUCAGUAGUCAUGCAUGAUCAGGUGAAUGCUCAGUUCUAGCUCGCCCAAAUCGACGACCGAAUCGACUUUCAUCUAAUAUUUGCACACUUUUUAGUCUCUCAUGAGUGUAAAAGCAACCGUUUCUGCUUCUGAAUAGAGCAGUGGGCCUGUGAUCCCCGAUUAGCGCGCCUUUUCCCUCGCUUCCUUUUCUCUCUGUUCCUCUCUUCUCAUUCUCUCUUACGCUCUCUCUCUCUCACUUACUCUCUCACUCUCUCUCUCUGCUCUGUCCCACUCCCCUCUUCCUGAAAUGAAUAUGCUGUUCAACUACUCUGUUGUUAGUGGUGUUUGGUACGUCUCGUGAAACUCUCAAUGCCUUUGGGUUGUGCUGUAUUUAUUGUGUAUAAUAUAUUCUUAGCGUUCGAUGAUGUUGAUGAAAAAUGGAUAUGACCAUGCUGAAGAAUCAAGAAUCACCAAAAUUAUCCAGAAAAAUUCUGUUGUGUUGUUCUAUGGAGUCCAUGAAGGAAAAAUUCAAUAAAGAAUAACUUAUCCCGUUAAAA